AUGGCCAACGUCGAAGUGCCGAAGACCAUGUUGGCAUGGCAGAAACACAUACCCAGCAAGACACCGGUCCGAGUGGAAAUUCCCGUACCAACGCCGCAAGAUGACGAAGUGCUUGUCAAGAUCCAUGCAGUGGGAGUAUGUCAUAGCGCCUACAAUAUCAAGGAGCUAGAAGCUCAUCCCAUGGAAUUCACAUCAGGAAGGAUGAACUUCACAAUGGGCCAUGAGGGCUGCGGCGAAGUCGUCUCAAUGGGACCAAUGGCCUACAGACACCAGACUGGCGAUAUGGUAGCUCUGCUGUGCGUACCGGGCUGCAAUAGCGCUGAUUGUCCCGAGUGUUCUAGUGGAGUGCCCCAAUUGUGUCUGGUCGGUCCUCGUUACGGGGGCGGUCCAGAUGGCUUCUUUGCACCGUAUGCGGUGGUGCGGGAGCAUGCUGCCAUCAAAGUUCCUCAGGGUGUGGAUGCUGGCGUAGCAGCAGUGGCAACAGAUGCGUGCAUUACAAGCUAUCAUGCUGUUACUGACCGCGCUCAAGUCAAGAAGGACGACGUGGUGUUAUUAUUCGGUUUGGGCGGGCUCGGGUUCAAUGCUCUUCAGUUCAUCCUGCACAUUGGGGCCCGGGUAAUUGUGGUGGAUCAACGGCGGAUGGUUUUGGACGAAGCGGUGAAAUUCGGCGUCCCUAAGGACGAUAUUGUUCCGGCUGGGACCCCAGAUGUCAGCUCCUGGGUGCGUGAGCGGAACCUCAGGGUCGACAAGGUUAUCGACUUUGUCUCUGUGCAAGAUACUCAUCAAGCUGCAAUCGAUAGUGUUCGUCGAGGAGGUACGGUGGUAUCCGUAGGCCUUCUGGGCUCAGAGCUGAAGCUUCGCACUGCCACCCUGGUUCGAAAACAACUUAAUCUAUUGGGGAGCUAUGGAGGUACAAGUGCUGAUGUUGCUGCCUGCCUGGAUCUAUGUGCCAAAGGUGUCUUGGUCCCACAGAUCCAAGAAGGGAGCCUCCGGGACUUUCCGCAGAUUCUGGAAGAUCUACACGAUGGGAAAAUCAAGAGUCGUAUGGUAAUGAGGCCAGAAGGAAUGGAGAUUUGA